ACAGCUGGUGGCCUGGCAUCCAGGCUACCCGUAAGUGUUCUUUCUGUGACCUUUUCUCCUUCCUUUGCCGGUUUUUAGUUCGUACUCACUCGUGCUACUGUCAGCUGCUCACAUAUCACGCUCCUGUAAACCAUGGCUAAGGUUUGUCUCAUUGUCAUCGAUGGAUGGGGGAUUCUAGACAAGACUAAAGGAAAUGCCAUCCAUAAUGCGGACACCCCUGUCAUGGACGGGUUUGCUAAGGACCAGGACAAGGGGAAGUACCUGACUUUAGCUGCCCAUGGUUUGAGUGUUGGGCUGCCUGAUGGACUGAUGGGGAACAGUGAGGUCGGCCAUCUGAACAUUGGAGCAGGCAGGGUGGUGUACCAGGACAUCGUCCGAAUCAACCUGGCGAUGGAUACCAAGGCUAUCAACCAGAAUGAAAAUCUGGUUAAAGCUUUUGAGAGAGCAAAGACAGGGAAUGGCAGGCUACACUUUCUUGGACUGGUCAGUGACGGAGGUGUCCACGCCCACAUCAAUCACCUGUUUUGUCUACUGGAGGCAGCUAAGGAGCACAAGGUGCCCAACACUUAUGUCCAGUUCUUCGGUGAUGGCAGGGACACCAGUCCUACAAGUGGAGUUGGGUUUGUAAAGCAGGUUUUGGAUAAGCUUGAGGAGCUGCAGUAUGGAAAGCUGGGUACAGUGGUGGGGAGGUACUAUGCUAUGGACAGGGACAAGCGCUGGGAACGUAUCAAGCUGGCGCAUGAAGGUCUGGUGCAGGGCAUCGGGGAAAAGGCCACAAAGGACACUCUCCUGGAUGUUGUGAAGGCCCGGUAUGAGGCUGGUGAGACUGAUGAGUUUCUGAAGCCCAUUAUUCUAGAUGACGAUGCUCGUGUCCAAGAUGGGGACACCCUUGUGUUUAUUGACUUCCGUGCUGACCGCAUGAGGCAGAUAGCGGAGACCUUCGGCAUCAAGCCUCCAUUCGACGUGUCUGUCAUACCCAAAGAUCUGGGAGUGUUCAGCUUAACCCAGUACAAGGAGGAGUUCCCCUUCCCAGCACUGUUCCCUCCACAAAAGAUGGACAACGUGUUAGCUGAGUGGCUGGCUAAGAAGAACGUCCCACAGUAUCACUGCGCAGAGACAGAAAAGUAUGCCCAUGUGACCUUCUUCUUUAACGGAGGACGGGAGGUGCAGUUUGACAAGGAGGAACGCAGCCUGGUGCCCUCCCCCAAGGUCGCGACCUAUGACCUCCAGCCUGAGAUGAGUUGCGCUGGGGUAGCAGACAAGAUGAUCGAGACCAUCGAAGGAGGGAAGUAUCCGUUCCUGAUGUGUAACUUUGCUCCCCCUGACAUGGUGGGACACACUGGGAAGUACGAACCAGCUGUUAUAGCCUGCGCAGCCACAGAUGUAGCCAUUGGACGCAUCAACGAGGCGUGCCAGAAACAUGGCUAUGUCAUGCUGGUCACAGCGGACCACGGCAACGCUGAACAGAUGUACGACGAGAACGGGAAACCGUUCACCGCACACACCUGUAAUAGAGUCCCGUUUGUGAUGUCUGGUGGAACUGCGGAGUUUAAGAAGCCAGAGCACAAUGCGGCGAUCUGUGACGUGGCGCCGACCGUGCUGGACCUCAUGGGACUGGACAUCCCAGAAGAGAUGACCGGACAGUCGCUACUCAAGAAGUAACUCAUCCUGGGAAUCAAGAUUUCAGAAAGUACAACAUAACUCCCACUUAAAGACAAAUAUAUCUCUAUGACUGGAUAUGAUUCAGAGACUGCUUCACAUUGUGCAACCGGUUUUUCCAGUUACAUGUGAACUGUGAUGUACUGAGUACUGAUUGUUCCAGUUCAUUCUAAGUUAUGCUGAAGAAGAGUGGGGACAUCUGGAAAUAAUCUCAUCUUAUCCAAUUGUAGAGAUUGAAUUAUUGUCUUUAGACAUUAUUUACCAGGAUGUCUAAUGCUCAUAAAUGUAUAACAAGAAUUUUAGACCACAAGAGAGAGAGAGAUUUAUAUUAAUUGAAACGUUGACAAUGAAAGCUGUAGGAAUGAGAAUCUAAGUAAAUGAUUGUAAAACCACAAGAAAUCAUAGAUUUCCAACAGGCAUGGUGCUCCAUACUAUGUAACAGUGAGACAGCUACAUGUAGGUUCUUUGUAAGUAGCAACCACUAGAGCAGAAAUAGUGAAAUGUGUGCUGGCACUUUAGAGUGAUUGGAAUUUAAUGUUAUUCAUGUUUGUAUGUAAUACAACAAGAAUGAUAGACUGAACAAUGUGCUAUGCUUUGUUUUUGUAUAUGUUUGUGCAAAAUAUUACAUCAAUGCAUACAGUGAAGGUCCUGCUGAUGUUUUGACAUCUAAGUGUACAAGUGUACAAAGGAGGUAUACUUUUAUUGAAGAGUAUAUGAUGAAUACCUUAACAUCGAAUAUGGUUUGUAACCACUGCUGUGUACCUAUUCCUAUUGGAGUGUUAGUUUUGCAGAGACAAAAGAAAUGUUGAUAGAAAACA